GAACCUGACGCUAGCGUCAAUUACCGGAAGUUACCGGGGGACUGCUUUCAUAGUCGGACCUGUUCCGGUUGCCCUUGUCUGUCCGUCCGGAGAAAUGAUGCUUGCUGGAGUGCGGACGGCGCAGCGGGCUCUGCUCCGGGGAGCUUCUACUCUCCGUGUUCUGCCACAAGUACGAUGUGAGGGUUCCAGCACAGAGACUAAACCGACUAUUCGCCCUGUGGAUACAGUCUUGACUAAUCGGCUAUCUGCGUUUGGAGAGUAUGUAGCUGAAAUUCUUCCCAAAUAUGUACAGCAGGUUCAGGUAACAUGCUUUGGAGAAUUGGAGAUUAUGAUCCAUCCAGAUGGAGUGGUCCCAGUCCUAUUGUUCCUCCGAGAUCACACAAAUGCUCAGUUUAAGUCUUUGGCUGAUCUGACUGCUGUUGAUAUCCCAUCCCGGCAGAACCGCUUUGAGAUUGUCUACAACUUACUGUCCUUGCAGUAUAACACCAGGAUCCGUGUGAAGACCUACGCAGAUGAACUUACUCCUGUGGAAUCAAUAGUUUCUAUCCAUAAAGGUGCAAAUUGGUAUGAGCGGGAGGUUUGGGACAUGUAUGGGGUCUUUUUUGCCAAUCAUCCUGAUCUGAGAAGAAUCCUUACAGAUUAUGGUUUUGAGGGACAUCCAUUUCGUAAAGACUUCCCCCUGUCCGGAUAUGUGGAGGUCCGCUAUGAUGAUGAAGUGAAGCGUGUCGUAGCAGAGCCAGUGCAGCUGUCACAGGAGUUCAGAAAAUUUGACUUAAACAGCCCAUGGGAGGCCUUCCCAGCCCACCGAGAAGCACCAGAAAGCCCAAAGCUGGAGGCAGGAGAAACAAAGGAAACAAAAUAAGAGCAGCACUUGCAGUCUUGUGUGGAAUCAAUAAAAUCUAUUUAUGUACAUAGAAUAAACUUCUGAAGUCUUGGAAAACUGUG